UCAUUUACUAAGUAGGUACCUAUAAUAAUUCAUCUAAGUAAUAAUAUAUUAUAAUUUAUAACUCUUAUACAUAUUUAAACUUUAAUUAAAUGAUCCUAUCCUAACAGAAAAUGGAAGAGGUUUCUUUACGAAUUGGUGAUAAGGUUUUUAAAGCGAACCAAGAGCUUUUGUGUGAAUAUAGCGACUAUUUCCGCGCUAUGUUUAGUGGACAUUAUGUAGAGAGUGAAAAACAAGAAAUAAAUAUAGAAAUGCUAGAUCCUAAUAUAAUGAGUAUUAUACUUACAUACAUGAAAAUAGGAAUGAUACUAUUAUCUGAAUACCCUCUUUCAACAGUUGGUGAAAUUGCAAUAGCAGCAAAUUUUCUACAAAUAACUGAACUCAUCAAGCAGAUUCAGUAUGUCUUAGAUAUUCAGUUGAGUGAGUCUAACUGGCUGGAGACAAUGUCGAUUGCUCAGAAUGCAUCUUAUUCACAAUUAGAACAUUAUUCAGCUGCAUAUGGUCUUUAUUCUUUCAAUUCUAUGAAACCAGAGGAUAUUCCUACAAUCGAAAUGUUAGUAUGGUAUUUGUGCCAUCCAUAUUUAGGUUCGGAAAAUGAAAUGCAUGUUUUUAAAUUCGGCUUCAACUGGCUUUUAAAGAAUCGUAGACUGGAACAUACUUUACUGAUUCUUGCUUGUUUAGACAUAAGAAGGGUCACAAAUAAAACUCUGAUAGAUCUAAAGGAAUAUUUGAUCACUUAUUGGGAUCAAAAUUUGGACUACUUUUCAAACAGUUUGGUUCCGAAAGUUAUAGAUUGUCUAAUAAAGUUAACUAGUAAAGAUGUAGAGAUAUCUGAAUCGAGUUUGUGUGAGCACAAAACAGAGUUAUGUGACAAGUUCUCCGAAAGGGUUUGGUCUGAAUUAAUGAGUAUAGUUAAACAUAGUAGAGCCCGCCUUAUAAAGUAUGUACCUGUAGUGCCGUUAUGGACAUUGACAGAUCUCAGACCAGAUUUUUCGCCACAUCUUUUGUACACUUUUGAGGAGGAUAAUGGUUUUGAAAAAUACUUGGAGGUUGCGGAGAAAAACCUUUGGGGUUGGAAUGUUGCUGCAUGGGGUCUGACUAAACUGGUAGUUGUUGGCGGUGAACAUGGAAGAGGAACAGGAAUUUUUAUGAAGGAUGUUAAGGUGUAUGACACUUUGAAGAAGACAUGGACUCAGUUUGGUGUGCAGUUGCCACCGAGGAGGCAUGCAGGAGUCACCACUGUGGGGGAUCUUCUCUAUAUUGUUGGUGGUGUAGGUGAGUUCAGGAUAGUAUUAGAAACGGCUGUUGUAUAUGAUUUAAAAGAAAGAAGCUGUAGACGUAUAGCAAAGUUACCUGACGCCAUACAAAGUCCAGCAGUAUGUACACAUAAUAACAAAGUCUACGCAGCUGGACACAAAAACAUAUAUUGUUAUACAACUUAUGGUGAUAAAGAUUGUUGGGAGAUGGUCGUGUAUUCUGAUAGAAGAAUUGGUUUUAUGAAGUCCUAUAACAACUACAUUUACUGUAUGCAGAGCUAUUAUAGUAACUUAUACAGGUUUAGACCUGGCACAGAUAAUUGCUUAACUUGUGUAGCAUCAUUUUCUAAUGUGGCACCAGCUGCUAUGUGCAAUUCAGGCGAUCGUCUAACGGUAUUCACUCAAGGCCUAUUUCAAAAUGAGAGUGUCAUACUCUCAGUAGAAGAGUACAAAGGAGAGGCUAAGGGUGAGAAGACAAGAGUUAUUUUUACACAGACUGGGAACAAACAGGUUAAUGACGCAGCUGGCUCUUGCUCUUUGGUUUUGACGAUGCCCCCGUUGUGUAAGGAGCUUCCUCAAUAUCAUAGUCAAUACCUUAAGGAAUAUUAUAGUAUGAAUAAAAAAUAAUAAAGGUUUCAUUAAAAGUCA